CCCCCCAUCAAUCAAAAUCUCGUCGUUCCCCAAGUCUCUUUCUCAUAAAUACCUUCCCCCCACCCCCAACCAAACCAAUCCCCACAGCCAGUCGUUCACUGUACCAAAUCGUUUGCUUUAGCUCCCCACUCUCUCUCUCUCUCUCUCUCUCUCUCUCUCUGUGUGUGCAAGCAAAGCAGAAGCCUAACGUGCUGUAGCGAAAGCAGUAAUGAAAAACAAGCUUAUUAUCUUCUUCUACGUCGUCGUUUGUCUUGGGAUAUGUACAAAACUCACUCUCUCGCUCACCCCAGACGGCCUGUCGUUGCUGUCUCUGAAAUCGGCCGUAGAUCAAAUGUCGGACACUGCCUCGGCUUUCUCCAACUGGAACGAGAACGACACCACGCCGUGCGGUUGGAGCGGCAUUUCGUGCACGAAUAUCACGGGGUUCCCGGACCCGCGCGUCACUGGGAUCGCCAUAGCCGGCAGGAAUCUCCGGGGGUAUAUUCCGUCGGAGCUCGGGACCCUGGUGUAUCUCCGGCGACUCAACCUCCACAGCAACAACUUCUACGGUUCCAUUCCUUCACAGCUCUUCAACGCGACCUCACUGCACAGCAUCUUUCUCCACAAUAACAACUUCUCCGGUUCGCUCUCUCCCUCGAUCUGCAACCUUCCGAGGCUCCAAAACAUCGAUCUCUCGAACAAUUCCUUCUCGGGAUCGAUCCCAAAAAAUUUAAAGAAUUGUAAGCAGUUGCAGCGGCUGAUUCUCGCGAGAAACAAGUUUUCCGGCAAAAUCCCGGCGGGAAUUUGGACAGAACUGGAAAACCUUCUCCUACUCGACCUCUCGGCUAACGAUCUCAACGGAUCGAUUCCGGAGGAUAUCAGCGAGCUCGGUUCUCUCUCCGGCACACUCAACCUCUCCUUCAACCAUUUAUCGGGUCAAAUCCCGAAAUCGCUUGGGAACUUACCGGUGACACUGAGUUUCGAUCUCCGAAACAACAACCUAAGCGGCGAGAUACCUCAAACGGGGUCGUUUACGAACCAGGGGCCCACCGCGUUCCUGAACAACCCUUUGCUAUGUGGGUUUCCUCUACAGAAAACGUGCGGAAAUUCCGAACAAGGGUCAUCGGAGAGUCCAAAUUCGGCUCCGAGCGUUGAGAACAGUACAAGAAAAGGUCUAAGUCCCGGUUUGAUUAUACUGAUCUCAGUAGCAGACGCAGCUGGGGUUGCAAUUGUUGGGCUCGUAAUCGUUUACAUAUACUGGAAAAAGAAGGACAACUCAAAUGGCUGCAGCUGCACUGGGAAAGGCAAGCUCGGAGGAACCCAGAAAAGCAAUCUCUGUAUUUUUUGUGCGUGUGCCAAUGGCUUCAAAAACGAGGAGUCUGAGUUGGAGGACCCAGCUGAGAAAGCAGAGAAAGGAGGGGAAGGAGGAGGAGGAGAGCUGGUGGCGAUCGACAAAGGGUUUACGUUCGAGCUGGACGAGCUGUUGAGAGCCUCGGCGUACGUGUUGGGGAAGAGUGGGUUUGGGAUAGUGUACAAGGUGGUGCUCGGGAAUGGGAUCCCCGUGGCUGUGAGGAGGUUGGGAGAGGGAGGGGAUCAGCAGAGGUACAAGGAGUUUGUGGCGGAGGUGCAGGCCAUUGGGAGGGUCAAGCACCCCAAUGUCGUCAGGUUGAGAGCUUACUAUUGGGCUCCCGACGAGAAGCUUCUCAUCAGUGAUUUCAUCUCCAAUGGCAACCUGACUUCUGCUCUUCGCGGGAGAAGCGGUCAGGCUUCUACAAGCCUCUCAUGGUCAACCAGGCUGAAAAUUGGCAAGGGAGCAGCCCGGGGCUUAGCCUACCUCCACGAGUGCAGUCCAAGAAAAUUUGUCCAUGGUGACAUCAAACCAUCUAACAUCCUCAUUGACAAUGAAUUCCAAUCUCACAUUUCUGACUUCGGCCUUAACCGAUUGAUCAGCAUCGCCGGCGAUAACCCCUCCACCUCCGGUGGCUUCAUGGGUGGAGCUCUACCUUAUCUAAAGGCGGUCCAAACAGAGCGAGUCAACAAUUACAAAGCCCCCGAGGCUCGUGUGCCUGGUAGCAGACCCACCCAGAAAUGGGACGUCUAUUCAUUUGGGGUUGUAUUGCUUGAACUGCUUACCGGGAAGUCCCCAGAGCUUUCUCCGACCACUUCAACUUCACUGGAAGUCCCGGACCUGGUGAGGUGGGUGAGGAAGGGCUUCGAAGAAGAAAAGUCGCUAUCAGAUAUGGUAGACCCUGUGCUUCUCCAAGAAGUGCAUGCCAAGAAAGAGGUGCUGGCAGUGUUUCAUGUCGCCCUUGCGUGCACCGAGGCAGACCCUGAAAUUCGGCCUCGGAUGAAAACUGUCUCGGAAAAUCUUGAGAGGAUUGGAACGUAAAAGAAGUGAUGGCCAUGGCCUCUCAUGCAUGGUCUUGGCACUGGAAUUUUCUUCAUAUAUAUGGAGAGGGUCAGAUGGCCCUUCAUUGAAGCGUGCUGAUAUUUGCAAAGGUUGCGGUAGAAUUCAGAAUUUUGCUUCGGCCACUGAAAUUAUCUUCGAAAAACCCAACAUUUUGCGGACUAGGCCCAGAAUUUUUUUGGAGGUGGAGCAUCAUUUUGUUCUUCUUUUUUUUUUUUGUGACAAUUAAGGAAGUCGCUAUAUUUUAUAAUAAUUCAAAAUUUUACCCA